AUGAAGUUUCCAAAGUGGACAGUGCCAUUCGUGUUGCGACUGCUGUCUCUUGCAGGUUUGACAUCAGCAACCGGCGACCGAGCACAGCUAAUGAUUGGAUUGGCCUUGUCUUCUCCAACCCCAGAAUCCUUAUCGCAACCUCUCAGCCUUGAUCUAGAUUUCUUUGUCCAAAGCGGGGAUCAACAACUUCGUUUACCAAUAAUGCCUCUUCAUUUGUUGGGCAAAAAGUCGUGGAAUGUCUACAACAAAGAUAACAUCGAGAAAGUUCGGCGCGAUGAAGCUAUUGCAAAAGCCAAGGAGGAGGCGGAGGAGCAACAGAUGCAAGAGUUAGAUGCCGAACGUCGCAUGCAAAUACUACGAGGAGAAAUACCUACAACUCUAUCAAUAGAAGACAAGCCAGAAAAACAUAAUGACCCGCAUGAGAGACGCUCACAUAGCUCCGGCGAAGAACGCAAGCGGAGACCUAGGAAACGAAAUGGGGAGAACGAAACUGACUUCGAGAUGCGCAUUGCAGCUCAAGACUCACAGUCUUCAAAGAAUGAACGUCAAAUUGUUCUACGAAAAUCUACCGAUGCGCCAUUAGUUGACCACGCGGGACAUAUCGAUUUAUUCCCCCAACAACGCCCACAAAAACUGCGAGUAGAGAAGAAUGCAGAGGUAGAGCAGGAAAAGGAGAAGAAGAAGAAAGAAUACGAAGAUCAAUAUACGAUGCGAUUUUCAAAUGCGGCAGGAUUCAAACAAGCUCUCGACAACCCAUGGUAUUCGAAAGCAACGGCAGAGGUGAAAUCUAUCGAUGAAGAUAACCCAGGCAAGGACGCAUGGGGUAAUGAAGAUCCAAGACGAAAAGAAAGAGAUGCAGCGAGGAUUAUUUCAAACGAUCCAUUGGCUGCCAUGAGACAGGGUGCUGCUCAAGUACGACAGGUAAAAAGGGAAAGAGAACAGUGGAUAAAAGAGAAAGAGAGAGAAGUCAAGGAACUGGAGGCAGAGGAGCGGAGAAACAAAAGAAAGCGAAGACACACUGACGAUAUAGACGACGACAACCUGGAGGGGUUUAGUUUGGACAGACCUGAAAAGAGGUCACGAAGCUCCCAUCAUAGAACUGAUUCGGAGCAUGAAAAGGAACGAGAGCGUAGGCAUCGACAUCGCCGGAGGUCAGAAAGGGAUGAAAUUGAUCGACAUCGACACAGACAUCGACAUCAUCAUCGUCAUCAUCAUAGAGAUGAGUAG